AGAGAGUGAGAUCCAAGAUGGCGCCAGUAUGUGCUAAGGCUUGCCGUCUCUCGCUGUCAGUUUUGCUUGUUUUUGUGCUGUUCGCGUCUUUUGUUGUACCUGUCAACUCACUGUUUGUGUAUGACCGCCAAACGCUGUUGGAUCUUUGUCCCUCUCACACGGAUAUGAUCAACUUCGACGUUAGUUUUACGACGUCCCAGUCAGCUUCCUCACCUGGCCGGAUUCCUGCCUUCCUUUUUCGCCCUCUGGCUCCUCUCCCCCGGCGAAAGCGUCAUCGGCGCCGCGGUAAACGUGGCGGCCAGCUGGUGAAAGUUAGGGCACUCCUGGCCCGGCUUUCCGUGACUUCCCGAAGGAGGUAUGGACCGGUACCUGGUUUCUUCCUGCACCCACGUUUGCUGGAUCCCGCCGGGUCCUGGAUUGUUCCUGUCGUCGGCCUGCAGGGGGAAGCUCGCCCGCCGCGCUCCUGCUGUCCCCGCCCCCGGAGGUGCGGAGUGAAUUCCCGCCACCUGCGGGCUCUGUGUCGGGCCCCACCCAGAUCAGCACCGGCCUUGGAUGCGCCGGCCCCCGUUAAGUUCGGUCUUGUUAACGCAAGAUCCUUGACAAACAAAACAUUUAUCCUGAAGGAUUUAUUCGUCUCCCGCGGACUGGACUUCCUCUGUGUGACGGAGACUUGGCUGAGAACUGCGCCCCCUGCGGAAGGGAGGCCAUUAGAGCUGAGCGUACUGGGCCUCUGGGACUCACAUGGGGAUGACAACAGUACGGCUGAGAGAUGCUACCGCUCACACUCCAGCAGCAGUGUACUACAGGGUCUGCCCUUUGGCGGGGUGCCCACUGUCUUGGCCAUCAAUGUGGUCAUGUGGAUGUUCCUUUUGCUCAUCUUCUCCUGUCUGAGGAAGGCAGCUUGGGAUUAUGGCCGUCUGGCUCUGUUGAUGGAGAAUGACAGCCUUACAUCUCUGUUCUAUGGAGAACCAAGUGAGAAAGAGAAGUCUCCUUCGGAGUCCAGCCCUUCGGACUCAGAGACAAAGGACAUGGGUUUUUGCUCAUGGCUGAAAUCUCUUUUCCAUAUGAAAGACGAGGAGAUCCGUAGCAAGUGCGGCAUUGACUCCGUUACAUACCUGUCCUUUCAGCGCCAUAUCAUACUGCUCAUGACCGUGGUGUGCCUGCUGUCACUGGCCGUGAUCCUGCCUAUCAACCUUUCCGGGAAUCUCUUGGGAGACAGUCCUGAGAACUUUGGAAGAACAACACUGGCUAAUGUUAGCGCACAGGACAGCUUCCUGUGGCUGCACGCCAUAUUUGCAUUAGUCUACUUCCUCAUCACAUUCCUAUGUAUGGCUCACCACUCGAUACGGCUGCAGUACCGAGAAGAUGAGAAGGUAGCAAGAACACUGAUGAUCACGUCCAUACCUCGAGAAAUCUCAGACCCAGGAUUGAUUACAAAACACUUUCAUGAGGCCUAUCCCAGCUGCACCGUCACUGAUAUCCGCUUCUGCUUUGAUGUCAACAAACUGAUAAGACUGGACUUAGAGAGGCGCAAGGCUAUGAAAGGCCGGCUGUAUUUUGCCACAAAAUCCCAAAAGGAUGGAAAGAUUAUGAUCAAGACUCACCCUUGUACACAGAUAUUCUGCUGUGACAUGUGUGGAUUUGAAAAGGUGGAUGCAGAACAAUACUACAGUGAGUUAGAGGAGAAGUGGACGGAUGAGUUCAAUGCUGAGAAGAACCGCAUCUCCAUGAAGAGGCUGGGCAUCGCCUUUGUGACCUUCCGCGAUGAGAGGAUGACUGCUGUAAUUGUGAAGGACUACGGUCGAGUGCGCUGUCGCCGCCAACCCCAGCAGUCCAGCAUCACCACUGUUGUCCAGUCUCACCAGUGGGGCAUCAGCUACGCACCUGCUCCCAGUGACAUCAUCUGGGAAAACCUGUCAGUCUGUGGAUCUCGCUGGUGGCUUCGCUGCAUCCUCCUCAACAUCCUCCUCUUUCUGCUGCUCUUCUUUCUUACCACUCCCGCCAUAAUCGUCAACACCAUGGAUAAGUUCAACGUCACCAGGCCUGUGGAAAGUCUGCAGAGUCCUGUCAUCACUCAAUUCUUCCCAACCCUCCUGCUUUGGAUGUUUUCAGUACUGCUGCCAUUUGUUGUCUACUACUCAGCCGUGUUCGAGUCCCACUGGACCAGAUCCGGUGAGAACCAGGUCACAAUGCACAAGUGCUUUUUUCUUCUGGUGUUUAUGGUCCUUAUCCUGCCCUCACUUGGUCUGUCCAGUCUUGACGUGUUCUUCACUUGGCUUUUUGAUGUCAACUUUCUGGAUGAAAAGGAUGUCAAAUUCCAGUGUGUGUUUCUCCCUGACAACGGCGCGUUCUUUGUGAAUUACGUGAUCACGUCCGGGCUGAUUGGCACCGCCAUGGAGCUACUUCGUAUCCCGGCGCUGACGGUGUAUGGCCUUCGCCUUUGCUUUGCCAAGUCCCAGGCUGAGCGCAUUCAUGUCAAGCGGAGCCAGACAUAUGAGUUCCAGUUUGGCCUGGAGUACGCUUGGACCAUGUGUAUCUUUGCUGUCAGCGUGACCUAUAGCAUCACAUGCCCCAUUAUUACACCCUUUGGUUUGCUCUACGUAAUCCUCAAGCACAUGGUGGACCGUUACAACAUCUACUAUGCAUAUGUUCCCACCAAGCUCAAUCAGCGCAUCCACAGAGCCGCCAUCCAUCAGGUCAUCUUGGCUCCCAUCCUCUGUAUCUUCUGGCUGCUCUUCUUCUCCGUUCUCAGAUUAGGUUCAGUACAUCCCAUUACUCUGUUUACUUUGGUGUCCCUGCUUUCCUCUGUUGCCAUUUCGCUUUUCCGCCUGUGCCUUAAGAAGCAACCGGACAAGUCAACAAGCUACCAGAUGUCCACUCAGCCAACAGAGCGAACAUUCACUGAUGCAGACAGGAGUACAGUUACUUCAACCACAGCUUCAAGUAUGUUUGUGGCAUCCGUCCUGCUGGAGCCAGAGCUCGCGCUGACCCCCAUGCCCUCUCCGGCCCACCACAGCUAUGGCGCCAUGGCCAGCUCCCAGAGUUCAAGCCACGGCCCUGUAGAAGAAGAAGAAGAUGAGGCGGGAGAGGAAGACCACAUUCAGACCAAUGAGACUCAGCUCCAAGACCCCACUGACACUAACGACUCCAGCCCACUCAUGGACAGCCCAGCGGGCCACCAGUAGCAUCCAUGUCCCCAGAAAGCUGAUUUCCAUGUAUACGUCACCUGAGGUUGUGCCGCUUUUCUCCAUUGGACUUAAGACUCCUAUUUAGCUGCCUCAGGUCAAGAGUGGAAACCCCACCUAUUCAAAUGGAGAUGGAUGUGACGAGAAUACAAGACCAGGAUCCAUGUCAUCACAUUCAGAAUAUGUUUUACACAAACGCCAGUCACUGUACAUCCAUGGAAAUGAUCAACAAACGAAAUCAUGGACUCCAUCUUCCGCUGUGGCUUUUAUCUUCAAAAUGAAUAAUGGGAAACUAUAAUAAAUAGAGAUGCUCGGAGGUGAAAAGAUCCCACCAGAGUAGGCGGUGUGAGCAGGCUUGCCCCGCCAGACUGACAUAGCUGUCCGGGUGAUAUCUGGUUGGUGGUGGCCAGAGCUCGGUGAGGCUGAGGGGGAGGGCAGCGAGUUGCGAAGCCAUCUGCAGUGAGAGAGCUGACAGACGGAGGGUGAAAUGUAACGCAGAUAUGUACUGUAAGAUGUGGACACUCUCCUUAGGCACAUGCAGCGCCUCUCUACCUGAAGCCUGUCUGACUUAUUUCAUCAUUUAUUUUUGGCAAACGUACAGUAUGUGUGCUGUUGGUGACAUUAUGUUUUGAGUUGCAGUUCUUCACCAUUUGAAUGUGUAUUUGAACUAUAUUUUAUCAUUUGAGCUAAAAAAGCACAUUUUCAACUUGCGUGUACCGUAUUUUUCGGACUAUAAGUCGCAGUUUUUUUCAUAGUUUGGCCUGGGGUGCGACUUAUACUCAGGAGCGACUUAUGUGUGAAAUUAUUAACACAUUACCGUAAAAUAUCAAAUAAUAUUAUUUAGCUCAUUUACGUAAGAGACUAGACGUAUAAGAUUUCAUCGGAUUUAGCGAUUAGGAGUGACAGAUUGUUUGGUAAACGUAUAGCAUGUUCUAUAUGUUAUGGUUAUUUGAAUGACUCUUACCAUAAUAUGUUACGUUAACAUACCAGGCACGUUCUCAGUUGGUUAUUUAUGCGUCAUAUAAUGUACACUUAUUCAGCCUGUUGUUCACUAUUCUUUAUUUAUUUUAAGUUGCUUUUCAAAUGUCUAUUCUUGGUGUUGGGUUUCCAUCCAUCCAUCUUCUUCCGCUUAUCCGAGGUUAAUACAGCAGCCUAAGCAGGGAAACCCAGACUUCCCUCUCCCCAGCCACUUCGUCCAGCUCUUCCCGGCGGAUCACGGGACGUUCCCAGGCUAGCCGGUAGACAUAGUCUUCCCAUCGUGUCCUGGGUCUUCCCCGUGGCCUCCUACCGGUCGGACGUGCCCUAAACACCUCCCUAGGGAGGCAUUCGGGUGGCAUCCUGACCAGAUGCCCGAACCACCUCAUCUGGCUCCUCUCGAUGUGGAGGAGCAGCGGCUUUACUUUGAGCUCCCCCCGGAUGGCAGAGCUUCUCACCCUAUCUCUAAGGGAGAGCCCCGCCACCCGGCGGAGGAAACUCAUUUCGGCCGCUUGUACCCGUGAUCUUGUCCUUUCGGUCAUAACCCAAAGCUCAUGACCAUAGGUGAGGAUGGGAACGUAGAUCGACCGGUAAAUUGAGAGCUUUGCCUUACGGCUCAGC